GCGGUCACUUCACAGCCAACUUCACAUAGCUUAGAUAGGUUAUUUGACAUAUGUCAAAUUCUUGAUUAUCAAACCAUUAAGAAGUGAUUUAAUUUUCUUAAGAUCCAUACUAAAACAAUUAUACGCUAACUCGUAUCUGGUCAAUUAAUGAACAAUUGAAAAUGUUGCUUUAACGAUGCGUUUGAAGGGGAAAAACAACAACAAGUCCUUCAACAGCGUCUACAAGGUGCUGUCGCGUAUAUGUCGAGCUGUUGAUAAAGGCCAACUCGAUGGUUUCAUGGCUGAUGGUGCAGUGCCUCCACUAAAAAGUGGCCACAAUUCUAAAACCAUGGGAUACGUGGCUCAACCAGUUAAACAAGCUGGAGUUCAGCCAGUUAAACAGGCGACGGAUGUUUCCAGUACUGUAUAUGCGGUCGGACAGUACGCGCCGAAAGUAUUGAAAAAUUUGAAUGCUCAAAGAUUGAAGAAUCAGUUUAGCGACGUUGGCUUAGUCGCCGGUGGAAUUGUUAUCAGAGCUCAUAGAUCGGUUCUGGCUGCUGGUAGUGCUUAUUUCAAUGCAAUGUUCACUGGAGGUCUAGUUGAAGAACAACAAGAGUUAGUAGAGAUACAUUCGAUCUCUGCUAAAAUCCUAUCGCUCCUCAUAGAUUUUAUAUAUACUGGAAAUGUAGAAAUUACUCAGGACAAUGUUCAAGAAUUGUUUGCUGCUGCGGACAUGCUAGAAUUAGAUGAGGUUGUUUCAGGCUGUAUUACCUAUCUACAGCAACAACUUCAUUCAAGCAACGCACUCGGAAUUUAUAGGUUUGCUGAAGCACACAAUACGCCUAAUCUGCUGAUGACUGCCUUACGUUUUAUUGAAAUUAAUUUUCCUCAAGUUUCCCAAGAAGAGGAAUUCCUAGACCUGCCUAAGGAACAACUUGUGAAACUCAUUUCUAGUGAAUAUAUUCAUGUUGAUACUGAAUUCCAGGUGUUUCAAGCGGCUCAUAACUGGAUUGUUCAUGAUAUACCAGCGAGGCGUUGCUACGUAUUUGAGGUGCUGCGUUAUGUAAGACUACGUCUGUGUUCGAUCGCACGUUUGGAAAGAGUUAUCUUGGACAGUAAAGAUGCGAGCCUGAGUGUAGCCUUACGAUCGAUUUUAAAAGACUUAAUAACCAACAAAGGUUGCCUGGUGCCGCUUCAUGAGCAACCUAGACUUUGCGCUAAGAAAAAUAUUUUAGUUAUUGGUGGUUCCAAGCGAGAACCUUCUGCUGACAGUUGGGGAAGAGCUGCAGAAAGUACUUAUGACACAAUUGAAAAAUACGACACAUUUACUGGAGAAUGGAGCAAAGUCGCGCCGAUUGGUAUCGGGAGAAUAUUACCUGGUGUAGCAUUACUGGAUGGGAAGGUGUACGUGGUCGGUGGUGAACUGGAAUCACGUAUAAUUGGCGAUGGAGAGUGUUACAAUCCUCGGGAUGACGUUUGGACCACCAUUGCUUGCAUGAUAGAGCCACGCUGCGCGCUAGGUCUCUGUGCUAUAGAAAACAGCUUGUACGCUUUUGGUGGCUGGGUGGGUGAAGAUAUUGGUGGUUCUAUCGAGGUGUACGAUCCAAUUGCUGAUUCGUGGAGUUUGGAUGGAGAAUUGCCUGAACCUCGGUUUAGCAUGGGCGUUGUCGCAUAUGAAGGUUUGAUAUAUAUUGUUGGCGGAUGUACCCACAAUAGCAGACACCGUCAAGAUGUUAUGAGCUACAACCCAAUCACCAGAGAGUGGAGUUAUCUUGCUUCCAUGUUGACUCCUCGGAUGCAAAUGGGCAUAGCUAUACUCGAUGGUUACAUUUACGUUGUCGGUGGCAUAAACAAAAAUCAGGAGGUCCUGACAUCCGUUGAGAGAUAUUCAUUUGAUAAGAAUAAGUGGAGUACGGUUGCUCCGAUGAAUGUGGGGCGGUCGUAUCCUGCCGUAGCUGCAGCUGACGGUCGACUUUAUGUGAUAGGUGGUGAUCAGUCACGGGAAAUAAACUUUUAUCGGACACAAAUAACAAUCUCAACAGUCGAAUGCUACGAUCCGCAUUUGAACGCAUGGCAUGAAUGUGCUUCUCUACCAACAAGCAGAGGCGAAGCUGCAGCAAUUAUUGCACCCUUCUGAUUAUAAUUUAAUACCAGUUAGAUUUAGUUUUUCGAUUGCAAACUCUCAGGACUUAAUGCAAACUUAUUGAAUGGGUUUCUUUGGUUUAUCUUUGGUUUCCUUAGCGGUAUCAGAGUCUGUGUUUCAUGGGUAAGAUAAAAUUUCCUGUUGUGUGCUGUACUAAAAUAAGAAAGAGUGAGACAAACAAUUUUUUUCUAAGUGGAUAUUGUGCGUAAAUAUUUCAUUAGGCAUAAGGUUAACGCUCUUCAUUCACACGAUUCUGUAUUUCUGUAUUACGCAUUUUAUCACGGUCACGUCAGUUUGUGAUAUAUUUUUAUUACAUAUAAUCUCAAUUCGAGCUCAUGAACUUUGCAAACAUCACUAAACACAAGCGUAACAUUCUACAACAACGGUUUAUGUUUCCUGGCUUCUAAUGCAAAUUUGUCCAAGUAUUAUCUCUUUGUCAUCUUCGGUUUUUAUCUCCUAAAACAUCAACAAAUUGGCUGUCACAAGCGCUAUAUACAUUUUUUUUUCUUACUGAUAAUGAGAUACACAGUCUUUUCAUCGCGGCUAAAUAAACAUAUAUAUUCUUCUUAGUCAACUUCAAGUUAAGCUUUAGUAGACAUCCAAAAUGAUAUUACGUGAAUCGUGCGCUUGUUACUUAUCGCUAAUAGCCUGUAAGUGAGGCUUCACAAUAAACAUGAAUAAUUUGUAAUCUGUUUCGUGUGCAAAAGGGAGAGAAAGUGUGUGUAUAUGAAAGAGAAAGAGAGACGGGGCGGGAGGGAGGGAGGGAGGGAGAGAAAAGAGCGGAAUAUUUUCAGUUAUUCAAUGCAGUCUGAAGAAUGAAAAGUUAAUGAGAAGAUGUCAACUUAUAUGAAAUACAUACUAGCCAAACAGCAAAAAAGUAAAAAUACUAAAACUUGCAUAGUUUUAAUUUGAUCAGAAAAAUAAAAGAAACUAAUAAUGAGAGAGAUUGAGAAUGUAACUGCUUCGUUAUACACAUGUACGUAUAAUCUGUAAAAAAAAUUAUAAAUAAGAUUUACAUUAAGGGUGCACUUAAUAGUGUACAGAAUACUAGACAAUAGAAUAUUCUUGCAGAAAAAUAAUUUUUUUCUCUUGAAAUGAGAUAUUCAUAAAAAUUUUCAUACACGAAUUAUAUAGUAUUUAAAACAGGUUUUAGCUACUUACGUUCACACAGCAUGUAUACUUAUGUUCUGCAAUAAUCUCAGUAACGGAAUAUUGCCAUCUCAAUAUUAUGUGCAAUUUUAUAAUAACUUUUUUUUCAUUACCCGUUAAUUCGCGCUGAAUACCCGAUAUUAUUUUACCAUAUCUACUGCAAUAAUCAGCUGUAUAAUUGGCUGUUGCUUGACUCAAACUCACUUCUUAGCAAUACAUUAUCGUCUGAAAUGCAAAAACUACAAACUCAUCAAGCCACAUUACUACUGAUUUUUGAUUUCUCAUUCACCGUCUCGUGUAGCGAGAAACGAAAGUGUCCUCGAUAAGUUUCAUUCAUGAAUUACCGUGACUUCGAAAAGUGCAUGUUAAGUGAAUCCCGGGAACACCAUCUUUUACACAAUCGCAAACUCUUUCCUUGAGCAGUCUGUCUGUUAAAUAUUCAAUAUAAUUAUUAAUCAUCAUGUUCAUAAAAUAAAAUUCAUCAUCAAAUUGCCAACAAUCUGUGAUAGUAAAGUAUUAUCAAAUAACGUUAUUUUUUAAUAAUUUUCGUUCAAUUUUUUUAAGUAAAAUAUAUACAGUUAUCUAUAUUCUGAGGUAUUUUUGUCUGAAAAUUGAAUUGAAAUGCUUUUGCCAAGUGUACAGUAAUGUCAACUAUGAUUGUUUGCAUUAUUGCAGUAGAAUAAAAUUCGACACUUUAGAGACCUGAUCGAGUUUUAACACAACAAUUUUUAAUCAACUAUCUUUAGAUUCACUGCAAUUCUUGAUCCACUAUAACGGCCUUCAUACAUAAAUGUCGAUCAAUUAUGUUUAAUUCCUAAGUAAUUAUGUCCCAAAUGAGAGCUUAAAUUGCCGGCUUUGAAAGAUACGAUAGGAAAUAGAUAAUAAUUUGGUAUUGAUAUAUUACUAUUAAUAUAUUUUAAAUUGAUCACUGCAACCAAAGGAAUUGCGUGACUAGAAUAUAUACGUGUAUACGCAAGGAACGUGUACACUAAAGCACCAAAGAAGUAGGUGUAAUCACCACCUGGCGCACUGACUGCAUUCAUGUCGUGGAGGCCCUAAAACCUUGUUUUUAAACAAGGUAAUAUUCAAUUCG